CCUCUUCCAAGAUGAUAAACUGACUAGGUUUGGAUUUAUGCUGCAAAUCAUGUAAAUUGAAGGACCAACCUCAACCAACCAUGGUGGACGUAUCAGCAAGUGGCCAGGAGGUAAAGAAGACAUUUAUUGUUCCCGCCAUCAAACCCUUUGACCAUUAUGACUUUAACAGGGCAAAGGUGGCCAGUAAUUUGGCCUGGUUGGUGGCCAAAGCCUAUGGGGCAGAGAAUAUUCCAGAAGAACUCCAGGAGCCCUUCUACACAGACCAGUAUGACCAAGAACAUAUGAAACCUCCUGUUGCGAACCUCCUCCUAUCUGCUGACUUGUACUGUCGGGCUGGGAGCCUGAUCCUAAAAAGUGAUACGGCCAAACCCCUUCUAGGACAUGAUGCGGUCAUCCAAGCCCUGGCUCAGCGUGGGCUUUAUGUCACUGACCGUGAAAAGCUGGUGACCGAGCGGGACCUGAGGAAGAAGCCCAUUCAAAUGAGCGCUCACCUUGCUAUGAUUGACACCCUGAUGAUGGCAUACACCGUGGAGAUGGUCAGCAUCGAGAAAGUCAUUGCUUGCGUCCACAAAUACCUGCCCUUCUUUCAGGCUGCCGACAUGCCUUAUGACAUCGAGGAUGCUGUCAUGUACUGGAUUAAUAAGGUGAAUGGCCAUUUAAAGAGUAUUCUUGAACACGAACAACGAAUGAAGGAGCAGCAGAACGUGGAACCAAACACUGUGCAAAAGUCUUCUUCCAAAUGGUUUUGGAAACUGGUCCCUGCUCGAUAUAGAAAAGAACCAAACCUGUACAAGCAUCUCCCCUGCAUCCCACUCGUGGAAAACCUAUUGAAGGAUGGCACUGAUGGCUGUGCGUUAUCUGCCCUCAUUCACUUUUACUGCCCUGAUGUCAUCAGACUGGAGGAUAUUUGCUUCAAGGAGUCCAUGUCUCUGGCUGAUAGCCUUUACAACCUGCAAUUGAUCCAAGACUUUUGCCAGGAGUAUCUCAAUGGGUGUUGUCAUUUCACUCUGGAAGACAUGUUGUAUGCAUCGUCCUCUGUCAAGGCUAAUUACUUGGUGUUUAUGGCAGAGCUCUUCUGGUGGUUUGAAGUAGUGAAGCCCUCAUUCGUGAGCCCCAGAGUAAUCGAUACACAAGGUCCCAUGCGGUCCCCUAGAAAAAUCCCUCAGAGAAGGAACACCAUGGGGGGUUCCAGUAAUGCCAGGAACCUACCGCAGAUAUCUGCAUCGCAUAAUCCAGCUGCAAUUCGGAGGUCAUCAUCAAUGUCCUAUGUAGAUGGACAAAUGGGGACAUGGCCCAAAGAGAAGAGAUCAUCAGCACAUGGUGUUUCCUUCGACAUUUCUUUUGAUAAAGAAGAUGGAAUCAGAGUUACAACUCCAAGCAGACCAAUCCAGAGAUCCGUCAGCAAUGAUGGAUUCUCCUUCAAUGUGGCUCGUGCUCCCAAACAUAUACGCAAAAAUUUGUCAUUCCAGCCAAUUAAUGGACAAAGCCAGUCUGAGAGUAUUGAUGAGGAAUUGAACCAGAAGGCAUUAAACCAGGAUGCUGUCUUUACCCCCAAUGACCAGUGGGACUCUGAUGAAGGAGACCAAUAUAAAAAAUCCAAUGGUCCACUUGAAAAUAGGCUUAGUGUUGAUGAAUUAGACUGCCAGAUAGAUGCUCCAAGUAUUGAGGAAGCCUUGAAAAUAAUCCAUAAUCCCGAGAAAACAUCCAUUGUUGGUGACCAAGUGAAUAAUGGAUUCUUUUUACAUAACCAGGAUACAAAUUUAGCUCUGCAGAUAUCCCCAUCUCCUUUUACGGAGCCCAACGCUGACCCUUCAGUGGAGUUGAAAGAAGCCCAGAGCCCAGUCAGUGACACCACUGAGGUGGACACUGGAAUUCAUGUACCAUCAGAAGAUAUCCCAGAAACCAUGGAUGAGGAUUCUUCCUUGAAAGACUAUACCGUAAGCUUAGAUUCUGACUUGGAUGAUCCUCUUAAGCUCCAUCAAGAGUAUGGGGUACAUGCUUCCAAUCUAAGAGAUCCAGUCAGCCCUUGUCCCAGCUCAAUGAGUGGCAAGUCACAAACGGGAAGUACUGCAUCCUCCAGCUCUGGCAUCAAAAUGACCAGUUUUGCAGAGCAGAAGUUUCGGAAGCUGAAUCACGGAGACAGUAAAAGCAGUGGUAGCAGUUCCCAAAAGACUACCCCAGAGGGGUCAGAGCUAAAUAUCCCUCACAUGGUGGCUUUUGGACAGAUAGAAGAAGAAGGGUCUGCUCCACAGAACAGGGACACAACACAGUUGUUGGCAUCGGAGGUGGUCCAGUUGAGGAUGAAACUAGAGGAGAAAAGAAGAGCAAUUGAGGCUCAGAAGAAGAAAGUAGAGGCUGCGUUUACUCGGCAGCGGCAGAAAAUGGGGCGAACUGCAUUUCUUACGGUUGUAAAAAGGAAAGGUGAUGGUAUCUCUCCUCUGAGAGAAGAAGCAACAGGGAUAGAUAACGAGAAAGUGGUACAAGAAAGUGAUGGUGUGAUACAUUUGAAUGCCAGUGAUAACAUCAGAACCAAUGAAAACACAAAGAUUAACAUAGAUCAAGCUUCUUCCAAAUGGCUCAAAUCUCCAACCACACCCAUAGAGGGUGUAAAGCGCUGGAGUCUGCCUAGUCCCAGUGAAGAAAACCAGAGCGAUGGAGAUAUUACAGAAUAUACAAAAUCCAUAGAAAAGCUAAAUUCAUCUCUAAAUUUCCUCCAGCAAGAAAUGCAGCGUUUGGCUCUGCAGCAAGACAUGCUGAUGCAAAUGAGGGAGAAACAAGCCUGGGUUAUUGCUCCACCGCAACCUUCUCCGCAGAAGCAAAUGCAGCGAGAAUCUAAACCAGCAACAAAACCAUCAGUGACGUGGUCUCCAACUCCAUGCUUCAUAACUGAGUCUCCUCGGCCUGCUCACAGAUCACCGCAGACAUCUAUUAAAAAAACCCCGUCCUUCAAUUCAAAGCUCCAAAAGAUCCCUCGUCCUAAUGACCUGAAAAUAGCGCCCUUGAACCGCACCUUGACUCCUCCGCAGUCUGUCGAUAGCCUUCCACGUCUGCGGAGGUUUUCACCUAGCCAAACUCAGACAAGAUCAUUUGUUUGUUUUGGAGAUGACCGGAAACCUGCGGCAGACAGUCAAGACGUGGCAUCUGUAUCUUCUCCAGGCGAGUCUCCAAGCAAUGGAAAGACUGUAUUUCCUGAGAAAAAGACGGAAGCAAGACCCAUUGAAUCAAACGUCUCUGAAGUGCUGACUCAGCCUAUAGUAGAAACAGUUUGUCUCACUCCCAAUGAUGAGAAGUUAAACAGUCGAAGCUUUUCGGCAUCCAAAAGUGGGAAUCUGAUUGAAGUACCUCUCUCCAAACUGCAGCCCCCUGAUUUGGCUGCAGAGAGAGGUGAAGUGGAAGUCGAGAAGGAGCUAAUCAGUGAGGACCAAAAAGUUUGCUGUGGCUUUUUCUUCAAGGAUGAUCACAAAGAGGAAAAUGACAUGGCGGCCAAACGAGCAGCCCUGCUGGAGAAAAGACUGCGGAGGGAGAGGGAAAAUCAGCAGCGGAAGCAGGAGCUCGAGUUAGAGCAGGAGCAAUUGAAAGAGGAAGCCAGGCGAAAGUCUGAAGAGGAACGCACUAAAAAAGAGGAUGAAAAGGCACGAAGAGAAUUCAUCAAACAAGAGUAUAUGCGUAGGAAACAGCUCAAGUUAAUGGAGGAUAUGGAUUCUGUUAUAAAGCCCCGGACAAACCCCAACAAACCUAAGAAACCCAGACCCAAAUCCAUUCACAGGGAUCAGCCGAUCGAGUCCCCUAAAACGCCAACUGGUGGCCCCCCAGCUCCUAGCCUUUCCUUGGCAUCACUGAGCACAGCUGACAACGACAGUGUGCAUUCUGGGAAAAGAACACCAAGUCCUUUUAGGGCAGAAUCGGCAGAAGGAUUUUUGACCCCAGGUGGCUCUGGCAGUCGCAAUGGGGAUAAGGAUUGGGAAAACGCCUCUACUACUUCUUCAGUGGCAUCUGCAACAGAGUAUACAGGACCAAAGUUGUACAAAGAGCCGAGUGCUAAAUCCAACAAAUAUAUCAUUCAGAAUGCCCUUACUCAUUGCUGUUUGGCCGGAAGAGUUAACGAAGGCCAGAAGAACAAGAUUCUAGAUGAAAUGGAAAAAUCCAAUGCCAACAACUUUCUAAUCCUCUUCCGUGACUCUGGAUGCAUGUUCAGAUCUGUGUACACUCACUGUCCCGAGACGGAGGAGAUUACCAAGCUAAUAGGCAUCGGCCCGCGUUCCAUAUCGCGUAAGAUGAUCGAGAGCCUCUACAAGUACAACUCCGAUCGGAAGCAGUUCAGCCAAAUCCCAGCCAAAACCAUGUCGGCCAGCGUUGAUGCUGUGACCAUUCAUGGCCACCUGUGGCAGACCAAGAGACCUCAGACGCCCAAAAAACUCCUCUCUCCCAAGGCGUAGCUGCGGCUGUUCUAAUAAACUAGAGAUUUCUCGUUGCCAAUGAAACUUUCAUACCGUGAGACUUGACACUUCUAACUGCUGUCUUCAAACACAACUGGAAUGUAGGACAGUGUUAUUGGGGGAUGAUGUGGGAAUGUGGAAGAGGAACGGGUGGGGGGGUUGGGGGGGUUAUUUAUCACAAGACUUUUUUUGAAUCACUUAAAGGGGACGGGGUAGUUGUAUGUUUAAAUCUAGGAGCACGUGCGUUUUUGGUCAGACUUUGAAGCACUGAUACGUGUCCAUCUUCUGGUGAGUGGAAUGACUUGACAUCUCUUGCCUUAUGUAUUAUUUUGUCAUGCCGCGUUUGUGUGAUUACGUGACAGUUAUUAUUUUAGUUUUUUAAGCGGAGGAAGUGUUACUGUACACAGAUUCACUGUUCAGCAGUCUGUUUGGAGCACGUUUCCUUAAAAUGUGUUGUAGGAACUAAGUGUUGUAAGAGAAACACUCCAGCUUACCUCAGAAACAGAAAGCCAGUACGCAAGCGAAUGCUUCCCUCACUAAUAUUUUUAUUAGCCGAUUCUUUUAAAUGUAUGCCGAAAACCGUUUGGAAAAGUGUAAUCUGAGCAAUUAAGUGCUCACUUUAGCCCGACAUUCCCGGAAAGCAAAGCGUCUUUGUGCCACUUUAUCCUCCGAAUUCGAAGCUUGUAGUAAAAAGCUUCCAGUGUUAGUGUAACUUUUUUGCAUUUUUGUUACUUUCAUAAUCGCCUCAUUGCUGUGUGUUUUUGUUUAAUGCUCAUUUAAUGACAUUUUUAUUGCGCUCUUUUUUUUUUUUUUUUGUGGCCUAACAGAUGUCUUAACCGUUUUCCGCUGACACUUUAUUCUACCUUUUUAUACUGUUGUUUGACCAGCACAAAACCCAGUGGCCCUGGCAUUCCAAUAUUACUGCCAAUGCAAAAAUAAAGAAUCAGUGUUAAAUUGCAAGAAUCCGGGAUGGGGUGGAACGCUACUGCUACGGGCCGUAUUGUCUCUGGCUUAAGGUAGCAUGCACUUUUCUAGAGUGAAAGGAAAGCGUGCUUGGUAUUGAAAUCUGACUUUAUGGAUGGCUGUUUUUAUUGAAGCGGUGUAUUGUACUUUGUUUCAUAGCCAUGUGACAUGUUAUGAGAAUGGGGAUGAGACAAAAUAUUUUUUUUAGUGAUGUUUUUUCACCUUUAAGAUUUUUUAUCUAUAUAUACAUGUAAACAUGUUUUUUGUGUUUUUUUUAUCAUAAAAAUUUCAUUUUCUAAUGUAUUACUUCAAUCAACGUUAUAAAUAUUUGACAAAGUCUAGGAAAAGAA